AUCAAUUUACCUGAUUUUAGGAAAAAUCUAGUAUCAACCUACUCAUUUACUUCUAUAUCAAAAAUAUGCCAAUACCAGGUUAUUUAGAUAAUCCAUCUCAGAUCAAACGUGGAAUUGAAUUAUUACGAGAUCCUGUAUAUAAUAAGGGACGUGCAUUUACUCUAAAAGAAAGACAAUUAUUAGGCAUUCAUGGAUUAUUACCCCCCAGAAUUACAAGUCCUGACAUGCAAGUCAAACAUAUUUUAGAAAAUUUCAACAGAUGGGACAAUGAUUUGGAUAAAUUUAUUUUUCUCAUAGGAUUACAGGACAGAAACGAAAAGCUUUUUUAUCGCAUUCUUUGUGAAUACACCGAAAUAAUGAUGCCAAUCGUUUACACUCCUACUGUUGGCUUGGCUUGUCAGAAGUAUGGCAACAUUUUCCGUAGACCACGAGGCUUAUUCAUAUCAAUCAACGACAAAGGACACGUGUAUAGUUUGGUCUGUAAUUGGCCUGAAACCAAUGUUAAGGUGGUAGUAGUAACGGACGGGGAACGAAUUUUGGGACUAGGGGAUCUGGGUUCUUGUGGAAUGGGAAUUCCAGUGGGAAAAUUAUCUCUUUAUACUGCUCUGGGUUCCGUUGAUCCCAAGUAUUGUUUACCGGUUGCUAUAGAUGUUGGAACGGAUAAUCAGGAAUUACAAAAGGACUCAGCUUACCUAGGCCUGCAAAAGAAACGAGUAAGGGGUCAAGCUUAUGAUGAAUUAAUCGAUGAAUUCAUGCACGCCAUUAUACGCAGGUACGGUCCACAUUGCCUCAUACAAUUUGAAGAUUUUGCCAACUCGAACGCUUUCAGGUUUCUAGAAAAAUACAGGCAUCAAUUUUGUACCUUUAACGAUGAUAUACAGGGAACCGCGUCUGUUAUUGUAGCCGGCCUGUAUGCAGCUGUAAAAAUAACAAAAAAACCGUUGAAAGAAAACAAGAUAUUGUUUUUGGGGGCCGGUGAGGCUUCAAUUGGCAUAGCUAGUUUGCUGACCAUGUCCAUGGUGAAAUCUGGGAUAUCCGAAGAAGAAGCUAUCAGCAAGAUAUGGUUAGUUGAUAGUAGGGGUCUUAUAAUAAAGGAAAGAGACAAUGGCAAAUAUGAUAGCAAUCACAAAUGGAGGUUCGCCAAAGAUCACCCUCCAAUGACCGAUCUUUUAGAAAUCGUCAGGGCAGUUAAACCGAAUAUUCUCAUAGGAGCUGCCGGGGUGGGAAAUACUUUUACUCCACAGAUCAUACAAUCGAUGUCCGAACUCAAUGAAAGGCCCAUUAUAUUUGCAUUAAGUAAUCCCACGAGCCAAUCUGAAUGCACAGCCCAAAGUGCUUACGAAAAUUCUAAAGGAAAAUGCGUUUUUGCAAGCGGUAGUCCAUAUCCUCCCGUAAAUUACAAUGGAAAGAUUUACAAUCCUGGUCAAGGAAAUAAUGCCUAUAUAUUUCCUGGAGUUGGGAUGGGUAUUAUCGCAUCUGGAUUAAGAACAGUUAAUGACGAAGUUUUUUUGGUGGCCGCUAAAGCUCUAGCGGAUGAGGUUAAGGACAUGCAUCUACAAGAGGGUAAAGUAUAUCCUCCCUUAAGCGAAAUUCGAAAUGUUUCUCUCGUCAUCGCUUCUAAAGUUGUCGAAUACGCCUUCAACAUGCGCAAAUUAAAUUCGAAAUCUUUCCAGUGUCACAGUAAGUUGGGUGAUAACGAAAACAUUAAUGGGAACAAGAAUGACAUUAGUAAUAAUUAUGGUGAUAUAUGUUGCGGGACCAGUUCUAUAUGUAAUAUAGAUGAACCCACUGAUAAGCUAGCUUAUGUUAAGUCUUUAGCAUAUGAUUAUUCUUACGAAUCAUAUAUUCCGGAUAUGUACGAUUGGCCAGAUGACAAAGAAUAAAUAAAUUUAUUUUUAAAAAUUUUAAUGUUAUGUCGAUUAUUAUAUUUAUCAAAAAAGUUCUAAUUUUAAAAGUGUUUUUUUGGUCUCAUUUACAUCUUUUAUUAUGUGCCAAUUAUUAAUUCUUAAUAUGAUAAGCAACUGCGAAAUUUGUUAAUAGUCAAAAUCUAAAUUUAACAUGCAAUUUUUUAAACCUUCUUCGAUUUAAUUAUUUUAUAUAUAUUAUAUAAUUAAUAGCAAAUGAAUUUUUUUAAUAACAUUUUUUUUAUCUAGUCAAUUAUAUUAAUAAAAUUAAAUGUUUAAAAACCAAAAUUAUAUUAUACUUUGUAAGCAAAUUGUCUAAAUCGCACAUUU